AUGAAUGAAUCACACGGGAGGGUUUGCUUUCUGAGAGGGGGAUAUGAAACUUUUAACUCGCAAUAUCCUGAGUUCUGCGUGGAUGGAAAACUCAUUUCCCCAGAGAGGACUGAGGUGGAGAGAACUCUCGCCGGCCACUGUGAGAAGCAGGGUGCCAACCACAAACCCGCGUACGACCAGGGUGGUCCAGUCGAAAUCCUGCCUUUUCUCUACCUUGGUAGUGCCUAUCACGCUUCCAAGUGUGAGUUUCUCGCCAACCUGCACAUCACAGCCCUGCUCAACGUCUCCAGGAAAAGGUCGGAGUCCUUCAAAGACCAGUAUUGCUACAAGUGGAUCCCGGUGGAGGACAGUCACACAGCGGACAUCAGCUCACACUUCCAGGAAGCUAUUGACUUCAUUGAUUAUGUCAGACGAACAGGGGGCAAGAUCCUGGUGCAUUGUGAAGCAGGGAUUUCACGCUCUCCCACCAUCUGCAUGGCAUAUCUCAUGAAGACAAAGAAGCUCUGCCUGGAGGAAGCCUUCGAUUACAUCAAGCAGCGACGGAGCCUGAUCUCACCAAACUUUGGUUUCAUGGGCCAGUUGCUACAAUAUGAGUCGGAGAUCUUGUCUUCUACUCCCAGCCCCCCUAUCGCGUCAUGCAAAAGAGAAGCUGCCUCUUUCUUUGCAGAAGAACUGACAUUAGGCAAAAACUUUGAAGGCUCGUGUUUUGCAUUUCCUACCUCAGUGUUGAGUUCUGUGCCCAUCCACUCUCCCGUCCACCAGCUGAAUCUCAGCCCGAUGACG